GGGCCCCACCUGCCGUACUUAACCCGCCGCCGGGCGGCCGGCGCCGCACUCGCGGGCUGCGCUGCCGCCGUGGCCGGGAGCGGCUCCUUCCUCCUCCACCUCCUCCGCACGGGGCGCUCGGCAGAGGCGAGGCAGGCGCUGCAUGAACGUUUGUGUCGGGAGUAGCAGAAGCAGCAGCAGCCCUCAAAAUGCCGAAGCCGAUCAACGUUCGAGUUGUUACUAUGGAUGCAGAGCUGGAGUUUGCCAUCCAGCCAAACACUACAGGCAAGCAGCUGUUUGACCAGGUGGUUAAAACCAUAGGUUUGCGAGAAGUGUGGUACUUUGGUCUUCAGUAUGUGGACAACAAAGGAUUCCAAACUUGGCUGAAGCUUGAUAAAAAGGUUUCUGCUCAAGAAAUCAGAAAGGAGAAUCCCCUCCAGUUCAGAUUCCGUGCCAAGUUCUUCCCAGAGGAUGUGUCCGAAGAGCUGAUUCAGGACAUCACGCAGAAGCUGUUCUUCCUGCAGGUGAAGGAAGGGAUCCUCAGUGAUGAGAUCUACUGUCCUCCUGAAACAGCGGUACUUCUUGGUUCCUAUGCUGUGCAGGCCAAAUUUGGAGAUUACAACAAAGAGGUGCACAAGCCUGGAUACCUCAAUUCAGAGCGUCUGAUCCCCCAAAGGUGA